AGCAUGGCGGCGGCGACAACGGCAGCGGCAGCAGUUGUACACAGGUCGGGCGCGCCUCCGCAGCGAUCCGCGGGAGUAUGUCCGUUACAGUAAAGGAUUAAGCUUUGUUUUAGCGACCGAUUGUCGACGGGACGGCGAAGGAUGAACGAGGAAGCGGAGACGGGAACGUGGAAUCUGGACGCGAGCGGUAGCACUGACGAGCGAAGGAAGCCGAGCCACGUGAGACGAUUGAAUUUCGGACAGUCGAUUCUAACCUUACACGUGGUCAAGCAAUUCCAGGGUCAGAGAGAUGGCGCUCUGACGAUAGAUAGGAACGUGGCGAUGAUUCCGUGCACGUCGAGGGGCGAGUUCGUGCGGAAAUGGAUCGAAACUCAUCGGGGCACGGUUACCGACACCGACGAGCCCGCCAUCUCGUCCCCCGUUCUCGGCUUGCCAGCGGCGAAGCGCGGGAUCGUACGAUCGCCGAUUCUUCUCAGCCAGAGGAAACGAGCUAGAAGGAAGGACAGUUCGGUGAAGAAGGAUCGUGCGAACCGUAUCUCGAUCAGCGAGAAUGAGAGGAAAGAGAACGUCCGGAGGAAUUUGUUUCGGACCGAAUCCACUGAGCGCGAGCACGGCCACGUGGCCGUGUCGCCUGUGCUCGUUAAGAGCAUGUGCAAGACUGAAAAGAAACAAGUGAACGGCGAGAGGAAGGUUCUGCAUCGGAUAGAGAACAAACGCCCGGAGACGACCGGCGAUUUUUGCAACAACAGAGUAACAGCUUCGCCUAUUUCUUAUAUCAGUAGUUUGAAACAGAGGAGACCCACUGGGCUAUGGAACACGUUUGUCUCCAGCGAGGAGGACACCGGAAAUGUCAUCCUCAUCAACACUCAGAAGCGACGCGCGUUGGCCAAGAAGAUGGAGGAGAAUUUCAAGCAGCUCGACGAUGCGGACUGCGUCGAAAGCGAUCAUUCCGGGGACUCCAGGAUUUCCAAGGGCUCGAAAAUUUCUGGGGACUCGAGGAACUUGCAAGCUCCGGUCAUCGCGAGGACUUUGGAGGACUCCAAGAUCUUGGACCAGUCUCUUGGACCAAUCUCGGAACACUCCAAGAUCUUGGACCACUCUCUUGGACCAAUCUCGGAGCACUCCAAGAUCUUGGAGGACUCCACUGGAUCUGACGCGCGUGACUCUGCGAGAAUGGAGAUAGAAUCCGUUCCAGAUGACCUCGAAGAUUCUCGCGACCUUACCAAGUCGGAUACCGACGGUAAUGCUAACGAGCACAGCGUCCGAAUCGAGGAUGCAGACACGCAGGACACGGAUCUUUCGGUCCCCAUUCGUCCACGAGUCUACGUCAACAACGCUUUGCGCUCCAUCGCGUCCACUUCCAUAAGCUCCAAGACCCAAGACAGCGACCAAACUUAUUUCUCGAACGCGGCGCAGCUUGGCUACCCAGUCGCCUAUCAAUCGCAGAAGAUAUCGGAAAUCUCGUCGCUAACGACUGGCUGGCGAGGAGACAAGUCUGUAGAAUCUGGGGUGAUAGUUAACGCGGAGUCGCCGCUGCGGAUGCGAGCAGAACCGUUUAUGCAUUUUAGUCUGUUGGAUUCGACCAAGAAGAAAAAGCGGAAACCAAAAAAGGGCAGCUUGACUGAGAAACUUCAGGCUGCGAUCAAUAGGCAGGUGUCCUUCCUGAGGAUAUGGAGGCACCAGAUGAAACAGGCGGCGAAGAACAACGUGUCGUUGCCGUGCGUCACCGUCCACACGCUGGAAUGCGUGAUCAGCUUUAAUAGACAAUUCUUGGAAGGUGUGGCGAUCGAGGAUCCGUUCAAUCUGCUACCCACGAUGGAAGGAAGUCGCUUCCCCAGGCGGAUAAGGAUCAUGACGGUGCCCGAGAUCGUCGGCAAAAUCGAGUCGAGAACCGCGAGCUUAGUCCAAAUUUUCCCACCUUGGGAAAUGCUAGAUGAUAAAAAGUUAACAUUGAACGUGACGUACAUUAACGUGAUAUCCGACGAUCCGGGGGUAGUUCGUGAAAACACGAACGACGAGCCUGCUCGACUGUCCGUCGUUCAGGAGUUCGAUUGUCCGUGUAUUCGUACGGGUAAAAUGAAUAUGUAUUGUAGCGAACGUUGCAACAAACCGGACGUUAUUGAAGGGUUGUUCGACGUUGAGCAAUAGUAAUAAGUACUUAGAUUCGUGGCCACGUUACCAAAUCAGAAUCACGAUGAUUUCAGUUUAGUAGUCUUAUUAUUUAAUCAGAUGGCUAGGAAGCGUUGUAGCUUUUUUCGACAACGCGAAAGUAAAUUUUUUCAUAUACAUACAUAUAUUAUAUACAUAUUAUCUUGUAAUAACGAUGUUGUCUGUUAAAAUCAUGAAUUAUGUUCUAGUAAAUUUGUUAACUAACGUUGAAUAAUAUUGUUUACCAAAUGUUUGAGGUAUUUAUUAACGACUUCGUUAUCUAUAAAUUAUUAUACUUUAUAUGUAUAGUAUAAUCUAUAUAUGUAUAUAUCUACGUUAUCGUUACUAUUGUAAAUACUAUAGCGUAACAUUUUUAUUAAUUUCAAAGGUAGUACCAAAGUCUUGCGUGUCUUCUAGUAAUAAUUUUCGCCAGAAUUCAGCUUGCAUUAAUUAGAUAAAAUAAAUAAACUGGUAAGCAAGUAUCGUCGGGGGGUAAAUACCACAGCGCGAUCUUCCCGCCUGUGGUAAAACAGCGAUCUUCCCGUCUAUGGUAAAACAGCGAGCUUCCCGCCUCUACUGUAACCCCGUGAGCACAGACUUAGUACCUAACAGUUUGAGCGUAUCGCCACUGCGUGGAAUGGCGCUUUGCGAAGGCGUAAAUGCCGACAAUAUGGCGAAGCGGUAAAUAUCAUUUCCGAUUGCUCUUGCACUAUACACGUUCGAAAAAUUGUUAUCAAUGAUUAAGAACAAAGUUUUGAACUUUCAAGAGCGAAAAUUAAAGCUGAAGGAUUGCACUCGGUGGCAAUCGUGUUUCGGGUAACUGGAAAAAUACGGAAUCACAUAAAACGAUAUAAACCGAACACUUUCGCCGUUUAUAAUACAA